CCCCCACCCGAACCCCUGAAAGCCAAACCCAAAAGGGGAGAGGAAGAGGAAGAGAGAACUUCCUAAAGCCAUCCCUUGACGUCUGCUCUGAAUGCUGACAAGGGGUGUGUUGCCUGGCAGACCGCGGAGACAAAUUCCGCGAUUGAUUUUCAUAAUGUUUCUGCGGUGUUUGAAAACCAAUCGUUUGAACCUCUGAGAUCUUUACCUAAGUGAACCACUCCUACGCUUCCAAGUGCUUCACAAACUGAUAUAUGGCAAUAUCUACUUUGGAUCACGUGUCCCGGAGAGCGCGACUAAGACGGAUAGCGCGUCAUCUCGCCUUCCCAAAUUUUUCCCCCUCUGCACCUCGGAUCCCCAACCUCUAUCUAUAGGAGCGAGAAAAGGAGAAAGAUGUUUAACUCGGUCAACCUCGGGAACUUCUGCUCCCAGUCGCGCAAGGAGCGGAGCGGCGACUUCGGGGAGCGAGCAGGUUGCGCUUCUAACCUCUACCUCCCCAGCUGCACCUAUUACGUCCCCGAAUUUUCCACCGUGUCAUCCUUCCUGCCCCAGGCCCCGUCUCGCCAGAUCUCCUACCCUUACUCCGCCAACCUCUCCCAAGUGCAGCCCGUGCGCGAGGUCUCCUACGGGCUGGACCCCUCGAAUAAAUGGCACCCUAGGAGCGGUUACGCCUCGUGUUACUCCGCCGAGGAGCUGAUGCACCGGGACUGCCUCCCGCCGGCCACCAUGACCGAGAUGCUGAUGAAAAACGAGAGCGCCUACAGCCACCACCACCCCCCCAGCGGCAACCCCCCGCCGCCCACCGGCUUCUACUCCGGCGUGAACAAAAACAGCGUCCUGCCGCAGGGCUUCGACCGCUUUUUCGAGAACGCCUAUUGCGCGGCCGACAACCCGCUCGAGGGCUGCCCGCAGAAGGCGCAGAGCAAGCUGGAGAGCGACCCCGCCGCCGCCGCCGCCGCCGCCGCCGCCGAGCCCACCGCCCUGUCAUCCCGCGGCGAGCAGGGCGUCGACCCGGAAGACGAGGAGGAAAACACCAACCCGGCUUCUUCAACCUCGUCUUCCUCGGCCAACAAGGACGCCGGCAAAGCCAGCAGCGCCAGUGCCCCCCGUACGAGGAAGAAGAGAUGUCCCUAUUCGAAAUUCCAGAUCAGAGAGCUGGAAAGGGAAUUUUUCUUCAACGUCUACAUCAACAAAGAGAAAAGGCUGCAACUGUCUCGGAUGUUGAAUCUCACGGAUCGACAGGUUAAAAUUUGGUUUCAAAACAGACGGAUGAAAGAAAAAAAACUCAGCAGAGACCGCCUGCAGUAUUUCUCGGGAAAUCCCUUAUUGUGAACUUUCUUUUUAUUUUAUUACCCUUUUGUAAACAAAAAUUAAAAAAACAAACAAAAAAACAAACAAAAAAACAAAAACAAACCACAACCACCCCUCUGCUCGUUGAAGUAUUCUGUGUAUGAAGAAGAAACAAUGUUGCAAAGUACGGUUUGACUUGACAGCGGAGCCUGGAAACAACCCCUGAGUUUUAAAAAAAAAUUUCCCCCUUCCUUAGAUUUGUAUUUUGGGGGACAGUUUGGGACAUGAUUUUUUUUU